AUGAGCGACACAAACUACUGGGUCGUGGACUAUGAUCUCUCCUCUCCCGCUCCGCCCGGGUUCCCCAGGGGCCCGACGGUGCUGCAGCCCGUGGCAGGGCACCCCGAGCAGGGAUCGGCCCUGUGUUUCGUUGGCCUCCUCGUGCUGCUGCUGCUCUUUCUCCUCGUUCGCUGCGUCCGUAUCUUGUUAGAUCCCUACAGCAGCAUGCCAGCAGCAUCAUGGACGGACCAUAAAGAGGGGUUGGACAGAGGGCAGUUUGAUUAUGCACUGGUGUAAAGAUGAGGAGUGAGUGGGAGAUGAGGAGGGGGAUAUGUAAUGGUUGUUUCGAGGGAC